AUGGAGGAAGAGCUAUGCGAUGUCUUCUCCGAUUGCAUGAUAUCUCCAAAUCCAGAUGCUUCUAUUGCAAAUAUUCAACGCCACGUUCAUGAAUUGGAAACAUUAGUUCAAUUAAGUAAAUCUCCUACCUAUAGAGCUGAAUCACAUCAACGAGAUAUCAAUUUUGCGAAAGACCUAAUCGUGACAUAUUUUGCGCAACUGAUACGUCAAGACAGUGUGAAUGAUGAUUUAGAAUCGGCAAUAUUAUAUGGACUAAGAUAUUUACGUAAUGUUUGUGUCGAAGCUCCGCAUGGUCAGGAAUAUUUAUUCCAUGUGCAAGUUCACCUUCUCACUGGCGAAUUGAUCUUACAAACCCUUCAAAGCCGUAUAACUUUACAGAAUAAAUCGGUAAUUUCUAUACCACGAAUAUGCAUGCAAAUUCUAUGCAAUAUGUCAGUUCAACAAACCUUUAUUCAAAAUGAAAUUUGGUCUAUGUGCUAUGAUAGAAUAUUCUAUGUUGGAUUAAACUGUAGUGAUGAAGUUGUCAGAGCCUAUACUUGCGCUACACUGUAUAAUACGCUUUCAGGGCAGGAAAGAUCUCUCUGCGAUCCGCUUCGUGGCCGACCUAUAGUGAUGGCAGUUUUAGAAUUGCAAACAUGUGAAUGGAGGGAAUUUGUAAUUGAGAGGCUUUUACAGGAAAACUUUUUACCUGAUUUAUUUGACUGUUUAGAAAAUCAAUGCCAUUUGACGUUACUUAAACACGUAGAAGUCUUACUUAAACGCGAUAUCAGUAAUCCAUAUGUAAAUGGAAGUAUUUAUCUCCGUCAACCAAUUAUACCGGAAAAUACCUGUCUCUAUAUAUCAGAUAAAUUUCUGUCCAUUUGUGGUGUAAUUGCACAAUACGCAAAUACUCGCCAAUUUACCGAAGAGAUGCAACUUGCAAUGAAAUUAUUGGAUAUUUUAGGCUAUGCAACGAGCCUCAAUACUCUGUAUCCGAAUCUUCAUAAUCAGCUGCUUUUAGUUAGAGCUGCUUUGGAAUUACUCAGGUCUAUUUACGAAGUUGAUCAACAAUCGGAUGGUGGUAUUUUUAGCAAAAUCCAAGACACUCCAACCGAAUUAAACAAUCCGGGUAGUCAUACUGACAAUUUAAAAAAGAAUUUGAUACGGUUGAUAGGCAAUAUGUCAUACCGAAAUCGCAUCAUUCAAGAUGAGAUUCGUAUUUUAGGUGGCAUACCGUUGCUGCUAAAUCAAUGCAGGUUUGACGUUUGCAACCCAUUUGUCACACAAUGGUGCAUAUUAGCAAUUAGGAAUCUUUGUGAUGAAAACAUAGAAAAUCAAAAUGUUAUUGCUGAGUUGAAUAUUAAGGGUGUAGUUAACAGUACUGCAUUAAAUGAGCUAGGACUUGAAGUAACUAUGCAAAGUGGCAGAAUUAGAGUCAAACAAAAAGAGCACGAUAAUGCGAGUAUAUAA